AUGAGGCUCAUUGAUGUUUCCCACAAUGGUAAUAACAUUGCUGAGCAUGUGCUUGCUGUGUUGGAAGAAUUUGGUUUAACUGAAAAAGUAGUAUUUGUUACUUUGGACAAUGCAUCUGCUAAUACUAGUGCUAUGAACAUUUUAUCUCCUCAAAUUUCUGGUUAUGUGGGUACUCUAUUCUUGCAUCAGAGAUGUGCUUGCCACAUAAUUAAUCUUAUUGUGAAGUCUGGCUUGAAGAGGAUAUCUGCUUACCUGGAAUCAUUUAGAUCAGCAAUUUCUUUCUCGAAUUCUUCUAACCAGUGCAUUGCAGCAUACAAAACCUAUUGCAUUGCUGUAAAUGAGCUUCCAAAAAAGUUUGAUUUAGAUAUGGAUGUGAGGUGGAACUCUACCUAUAUCAUGCUUAAGCAUGUAAUCCCUCAUAAGCAGAGCUUCAGUGUGUUUAUCCAGACACACUACCCAAGGGAACUAGGUGAGCCUAUGCUACUGACAGAGUCCCACUGGUAUAUUGCUGAACACAUCUUGACAUUUCUUGAGCUUUUCUAUGAUUCAACUUGUGCACUGUCUGUUGUAUAUGAUCCUACAUCUCCAUUAAUAUUGCAUAACAUAAUUGAGAUUGCUGCACACCUAAACAAAUAUGAAAAUGAUGCAAUUCUUAGAUCAGUGGUUGUUCCUAUGAAAGAUAAAUUUCUUAAGUAUUGGAGGGACAUACCUAUACUUUACUCAAUUGCAUUCAUCAUGGAUCCUAGAGCUAAGGUAAGGGGUUUCAGCAAAGCUCUAGUUGUACUAUCUAACCUCACCGGUACUGAUUACUCUUCUUAUUUAACUGAGGUAAGAGCUCAACUUUCUAGCAUGUUUAACAAAUAUGAUGAGAAGUUUGGUGCAGUGAGAAUGCAAAGACCUUCACAACCAGUGAGUUCUGGUAAGAAAAAAACUGCCUGGGGUAAGAUUUUUGGUGAUGAUGGUGCUGGUUCUAUUAGUGCUGGUUCAUCCAGUUUUGAAUCUGCAUUCAGUCUUACUGGCAGGAUCAUCGAGGAGCGUCGCCGUCGAUUGGCUCCAGAAACGGUGGAGAUGCUUUCCUACAUCAAGGACUGGGAGGCUGGUGAUGCAAGAGCACAACAUUCUAUGGAGGACAAGGAACUUGAAGCCGCUUUUGAUGAGAUGUAUCUUGAUGGUCAGAAUGUGUAA